AUGAAGCUGUCUCUAGCCAUCAUCGCAGCUAUGACUAGCGUCGUAUCCGCCGACUACUGGUAUAGACUCCAUUUCGAGACUUGCCAAGGACAUGUAAACCCAGAUCGCCUGGAAAUUUCUAUCUAUCCUGGGAAGAUGGUUGAUAUCGGCCUCAUUUUACAGAGGUUUGCCUGCCAAGUUCGCCUUGUCAGCACAUCACCUGGUAUCAACCCAGCCAAUGUUGGUUGCAUGACCUACAAAGAUCCACACGAUGGCAGUACAACUCUCUUCGAAACGGGACAAAGUAUGAAUGGCGGAAAAACUCUUGUAUCAAAACCAUUUCGAGGAAUUUACUGCUAUGGGGGAUAA